AUAUCUAUGGCACAAUGGCUCGACAGCCUAAACCCUAGUACCAUUUCCUCCCUCUUUUCCCUGAGUAAAACCCCAACAUUUCCAGCAACACCAGUCUCACUCUCUCAGUCUCACUCUCACCUUCUUAGUUCUUACCAUCAUCAACAAUGGCGUAUCGACGAUGUAUUACCACUCUCACACGCCAAACAUCUUCUCUCCUUUCCCAAAACCCCCAUUCUCUUCACCCUCUCAAAUCCCUAAUUUCUCACCUCCCUUCUAUCCAACGUCUCCCUCACAUUCUCUCUCCUCAAUUAAAUCCCCAAUCAUAUCUCUCUCGCAAGUUCUCUUCGCGCACUAAAAACCCUAAAAAUCCCAGAAUCAUCGACGACGAAGAUGAUGAUGAUCACGACGUUGAUGGUGAAGACGAUGAAGAUGAAGAUGAUGAAGAAGAAGAGGAUUAUUCAAGCCAAGAUGAGGGAGAAGUUUUAAUUGAGCCAUCUAAUCUUGCAGAAAGAUCUUACUUUGUUGAGGAUAAAAUUCAAGAAGCUGCUCAUAUUGGGUAUAAAGUUGUCGGGCCUCUCGAGCCCGGGGAUCGGGUUUUUAAGCCUUAUGAGCCCGCUUAUGCAAUUGUUCAGGUGGGAUCGCAUCAGUUUAAGGUGAGUAAUGGGGAUUGCAUUUAUGUGGAGAAGCUCAAGUAUUGUGAAGUCAAUGACAAGCUGAUCUUAACCAAGGCCUUGAUGGCGGGAUCACCAACUCAAACCAUGAUUGGGAGGCCUAUAUUGCCAGAUGUAACAGUUCAUGCUGUUGUAGAGGAGCAUGCUUUAGAUGCCAAGGUUAUAAUCUUCAAAAAGAAGCGGAGAAAGAACUACCGGAGAACAAAAGGACACCGACAGGAGCUUACUAGGUUGAGAAUAACUGAGAUCGAAGGAAUUGAGAAGCCUGAAACACCCUUACCUGGGAAGACACCAAAAACACCUGCGAAGAAAGUAGAAAAAGUUGCAGUGGCUGCAUAGAGGCAGCCUUAGUAUAAUCGAUGUGGCAACUCGUCUGAUAUGCUGAUAAUUUGAGGCUCAACUCUUGCAACUGACACGGCGAUUCAUGUCAUGUGUACUGAGUUCAUGUCACGGGAGUCAUAUCGGCAGAAAUUUUGGUACUCGACCCAGUUUUAACUGCUAGGAUGAUUAUAUUGAAUCGUGUAGGUGUAUAAUUUGUUCAAUUCAUAAACUAUCGAGCAGAUCAGCAUAAUUCCAAUUCAUAAACUAUCGAGCGGAUCAGCAUAAUUCUUCUCCCCUGAAUGGAAGGAGCUGGAGUUCUGCAGAAAAGAGUUCAAUGUCAUAGUUUUCUUGAUAAAGUUGCUGUUAACUUCAUGGAUUAUGUGUUAUAUAGAUCAGCUGUUCGUAAUGUAAGAAGUUACGAAAGGGAUAUUUUAACCCCUUCUGCACACAUUCA